GACUCCAAACACUGUGAGAGGGAGAAAACCAGAGGUCACACUGAUAAGAGAAAGGAAAAAAGAGGCCGCCUGUAUAUCUGAGAGGCUCGACAGAGAAAAAAAUCACAGAAGACUACUAUCAGAGUCAAGGAGAGAGGAGACAACUCCACGAGCACUGAAGAAAGCUGCCUGGAGGACACCACGUGUGUGUGCAUAUGUAUGUUGAGACAGGCAUAGGUAGAUUCCAGUAAUAUUUGUGAGACUGACAGAGGACCAAAGCACAUCAUGGAUCCCUCGAGUCCCUCCGAGGGCCCCGUGGAACCCAAAGAAAGGAGGAAAAUCCAGUUCGCCGUCCCGGCAACAGAACCGACUCAGCUGGACCCUCGGCAGGUUGAAAUGAUUCGACGACGAAGACCCACACCCGCCACUUUGUUCAAAGUAGCAGACCAAACAUCUCCUGAGGAUGACAUCUCCACCCAUCAGUGGGUUGUAGGAGAAAAUGGUGUCCUCAAGCCAAAACGAAUCAACCCGAAUAUCUACCAGCCACCAUCAUUAAAAGCCGUGCAGCAGAUGGCUGAAGCUCACAUGCAGAAAUUAGAUUCACAGGAGCAAAGGGGCAUGGCAGAACACCAGCCUGGUAUGAGAAAGGCAGGAGCCACGGCGCCGACUGAUGAAGAGGAGGAGGAGGAGGAGGAGGAAGUAGAAGCGGACGAUAUGGCAGAAGAUGAGUGCAGAAAUGUGGACUGAAAGACCGAAAGUUUGAGAAACUUUAGAGAUUUUUUCAUAAUGCAGAACCUUGUUUGGAAAUCUUGUUUAUUGAUUACUGGUCAAUAAUUCCAUCAUUUGAUAAAAGCGGCUGUCUGUUUGUAUUCAGAGACAAAAAGAGACUCUGAAAGACUGGAAUUUUGAAGUGGUCAAACAAAUAACUCACCCCGACAUUGCCAUGAAAUAGAAAUAUAUAAGGUAAAAUCCAUCAGCAGUCAUAUAAUACCAUCCUUGCGUUU